AUGGCUUGGCACCAUGGCACCGUCAUGCAGCUGGGUGGCAUGAUCGUCUCCCUCUUCGGCUGGCUCUCGUCUUGUGUUACAACAUUUGUACCCCUCUGGAAGGACCGCAACUUGGAAUUAAAUGAGAUGGAAGUCUGGAAGGUGGGGCUUUGGCACGCCUGUGUCACGCAGGACGACAGCACCAUGGAGUGCAAAGCCUUUGAGUCACUGCUAGCUCUGCCCUUGGAGUUCAGGGUAGCCAGGAUUUUAAUGGUCUCCUCAAAUGGACUGGGAUUUCUUGCAUUUGUUUUUUCCAUUUGCGGACUGAGCUGUUUGAAGACUAGGGAUGAAAAGCUGGGACUGAAAAGACAGCUGGGGAUUGCUGGAGGAGUGCUCUUCUGUAUGUCUGGAGUGGCAACCUUUGUGCCCAUUUCCUGGAUUGCCUACCAAACUGUUCAAGAGUUCUGGGAUGAAACUGUGCCAGAGAUUGUUCCAAGGUGGGAAUUUGGUGAAGCGCUGUUCCUUGGCUGGUUUGCUGGGUUUUUCCUUGUACUCGGUGGGUUUCUCCUCAUCUGCUCUGCCUGUUUGCUAAAGAUCCACAAGCCAUGCAAACAGGUGGUAGCCCAGCAGGAACCAGAAAUCCCAGCUCCGUUGCUCGGUCAACAGCAGUAUUCACCCCCUAAAAAUGCAGACCUUGUAAUCUAAGCUGAAGACCUACAUUUCCCCACAGGUCUCCACAAAAUGAAUAUUUGAUGCUUUGGAAUGAUUUGUAUUUAGCUGAUCAGAUAGACAUCGGGUUAUUGUUUAGAUGCUUAGGGAUGUUUUAAGAUUACCCUCUCUUGCUUUUAGACUGGAGAUGUGUCCGGAAAGCAAGGGCAA